GUUGGCACUAUUCUUUAGAAAGCUGCAGACUUUGGACAUUUCUCUCUCUCUAAGUUGCCAAAGCUUCUCCACACACUUGCUAAAAUUCCAAAUCUGUCUGCCACAAACAUGAAGAUAACAAAACUCAAAGAUUCCUCAAUAUUUCUCUGGUUUUCUUUCUUCUGUUUGCUGCUGUCUCCUUCCACUUCCUUUGCCAGAACCACGCUUCCUGCUAGGUUUCCAUCUUCUCUCGUUUCCCCUGAAAAGCUCUCAUCACUUUCUUCUUCUGGAAAAAACCAAAUUUACAGAACCAGAUACUUCACCCAAAUACUUGACCAUUUCAAUUUCUACCCCAAAAGCUACCAAACCUUCCAACAAAGGUAUUUGAUCAACGACACGCAUUGGGGAGGAGCCAAGAGCAAUGCUCCGAUCUUUGUUUACACAGGAAAUGAAGGAAAUAUAGACUGGUUUGCACAAAACACUGGCUUUUUGUAUGAGACAGCUCCCCACUUCAAAGCCCUCAUCGUUUUCAUUGAGCAUAGAUUCUAUGGGAAGUCUAUACCCUAUGGGGGAAACAAGGAGGUAGCUUAUGGUAAUGCAACCACACUUGGAUAUUUGAGUUCAACACAGGCACUGGCAGAUUAUGCUUCCUUAAUCAUUGAUUUGAAGAAAAAUUUAUCAGCAACUGACUCUCCUGUGGUGGUCUUCGGAGGUUCCUAUGGAGGAAUGCUGGCAGCAUGGUUUAGGUUGAAGUAUCCGCACGUUACAAUUGGAGCCUUGGCAUCAUCGGCUCCCAUCCUCAAUUUUGAGAAUAUUACAUCUCCGUACAGCUUCAGCAACAUCGUCACUCAAGACUUUAGGAGUGAGAGUGAAAAUUGCUACAAAGUGAUCAAGGGCUCAUGGGAACAGAUCGAAAGCACAGCAGAUGAACCUGGAGGGCUCGAACUGCUCCGAAAUUCAUUUAAAAUAUGCAAGAAUUAUAUUAGUGCAGAUGAUCUUGAAGGUUGGCUUAGUACCGCCUUCACUUACACAGCAAUGACUGAUUAUCCUACUCCCUCCAAUUUCCUAAGUCCCAUGCCAGCAUUUCCAGUCAAACAGAUGUGUGCGGCGAUAGAUGAUCCAACGACUGGAAACGAUACAUUUAAGAAGUUGUACGGUGCAGCUUCUGUAUACUACAAUUAUAGUGGGAAGGCCACGUGUUUCGAUCUUGAUGAUGACUCUGAUCCUCACGACCUUGGAGGAUGGUCUUGGCAGGCUUGCACAGAAAUGAUAAUGCCAAUGGGCGGAAACACCGAGGAGAGCAUAUUCCCAGCUUCCGAAUGGAAGUACAAAUACAGAGCCGCUUCAUGCAUGAGGAAUUUUGGCAUUGAACCGAGGCCCCUUUGGAUCACCACUGAGUUCGGCGGCCAUGAUAUUAAGAGGGUUUUAAAAAGAUAUGGAAGCAAUAUUAUCUUCUUUAAUGGCUUAAGAGACCCUUGGAGUGGUGGAGGGGUGCUGAAGAAUAUAUCCAAGAGCAUAGUAGCCAUUGUUGCAAAAGAAGGUGCUCACCAUGUAGAUUUGAGGUUCAAAAACAGUGAAGAUCCAGAAUGGCUUAAAGAAGUGAGGAAACAAGAGAUCAACAUCAUUGGAAAUUGGAUCUCCCAAUAUUACCACGACCUUGCCCAACUAUAUUAAUCAUAUCAUACACAUUCACACUCAAUCAAACCUCAUGAUUUGCCUUCAAAAGGCGGAAUAAAUCUAAAAGGCCUUCUCAUUUUCUUUAAACAAUGACCUUUACUUUUUUAUACCA